AUGCCCUGGGCUGAGAGCAGCUCCGAGGAGUGGGGACGGGCCGAGGGUCCUGAGCCCACUGAACUCCUCACGCACAGCUUUCUCCUUUGCCACGAAGAGGAGAAUUCAGGGAGCAAACCAGCCUUCCUCCUGGUCUGUUUCCUCCCUGCCCCAGCCAGGCCAGCGCUGCCCUAGUCUUCCCUAGUGUGCCCACUGUUCUGGAUGGAGUUCAAAGGCCACUGCUAUCGGUUUUUCCCUCUCAAGAAGACCUGGGCCGAGGCUGACUUCUGCUGUUCUGAGUUCUCUGCCAGACUGGCCUCCAUCCACAGCUGGGAGGAGGAUGUCUUUGUGUAUGACCUUGUGAACAGCUGUGUUCCUGGGAUCCCAGCUGACAUCUGGACGAUCAUGCACAGACAUCGAAGACCAGGGCAGUCUGAAUGGACCGAUGGCUCAUCCUAUGACUACAGCUACUGGGAUGGGAGCCAGCCGGGAGGCAUCCGCGCGGACCCAGAAGAGGAGGACCGCGUGCAGAUAUGGUACCAGCAUUCUAUGCUUCUUCUCAUCGCGGCUCUGAGGUCAUGGAAUGAUAACACCUGCAGCCGAAAGUUCCCCUUUGUCUGCAAGAUUGCAUUUCUGACCAUUCACUGA